GUCGGGCGGCUUCGUGCCUCACGUGUUCGACCCCUUCUAUCUCAUGGCCGCUCUCCAGUUGAAACAUCAUUCGAAGCAGGGUAGGUCCCUGAAGUCUGUAUUGCACCAUGCUGCACCGUUCUUCUUCGACCAGGGCCAGAGUAGUCAGUUUCAGCAUGGACUCAGAGAGUGCGCGUUGCCGACGGAGUCGACCAUGCGCGAAGCGCGCGUUCAGCUCGACCUCCUUUCUUCAGGUUACGCGAGAUUGAGACAAAAGGAUUACGUCAACUGGAUCUACUUGAACCCCGACAGCUCUCCACAGCUAGGAUGGAAUUGGCUGGUGGUUCGGGAAGAUAAGUUCUCUUGGCCCAAAGAUGAUAGUAUCGAUGCGAUCAUGGCUUCGAACUUCAACUCCAAGAUGCAGUCUCGGACCUGCCGUUUGUCAACGAUCGGGAGAGGCCACGGUACGGCUAUAUUCAAGUCUGUGAGCCUCGCUACGUUGCACAAGUGCGAGUGCUCCAGCAUCGAGGACUAUAAUAAGUUGAGGUCUGAGGUGUAUGGAAUUUGCACAGAUCAAGGAGUUGAGUCAGCCGUUGUCGAUAUCGACACUCUUGAGCCCAAGGGCGACCGCUGCGAGAACUACUCUGACAAUCGUGCCCGCAUGUACCCGAACGCCCUGGGCAUGCCAGAAUCGUUGCACAUCAUGUUCAACGCGUUACAACAUGCCGUUGAGAAGUUGCCAUGCCACAAAACUUUCAUAUCAGAUUUACGGAACAUAGAGAAUUUUCUGGCUGAUAGAUCGUUGAGGCGGUUGUUCGUCAACACGUGCCUCGACGAUUCUUUGAAAUCCAAAUUCGACCACUAUUCAACAGUGCACAUCAGCUGGAGGUGGGAGGUCCUUGUCAAGGCGCUCACUGAAUUGAUCCCUCGCUUUUCAAUUUUGAAAGAUCGCUUUGACUUGGGAAAAAUGAAGACAUCUCCAGAGCGGCAGGUAAAGACACACGUGAUAGACGAUGCGUACGCUUCCCUGCAGGUGCCGCACUUUUUAGAAUUCUGUAUCAUGGUAAAGACCAGCGGCAACACACUUGAACGGUUUGCGAGUCGCCUCGAGGGUUGCGAGUGCCACGCCAGUCUUUGGAAGUCCCAUAGCAACCACAAGAAGAAGACCCGACUGUUGGAACGAGACACUGGUUUCGCACAUUGCUUCAUGAAGGGGCGGCAAGCAUCGUGGUGGUUUGCCGAAGGGCUGGGCCAGUGCUUGGAGGCGCUGAAGAAGUGCGACUCCGACGAGUUGCAACUGGCCAUGGGCAAGCUCGACUGCGAGCCACGGGCGCAACUCCUUCGACUCCAGACCCAAUUGGCGGAUUCGUUGGUCGAAGAGCUUUCUGAUAAGUUCGCGUUCAAGGACGUGAUCCCAUAUGCGGCACUCAAGAUCUACAUGUGCGAAAUUCCUGGGGGGAACUUGCAUUCUGCUAGAAUGGACGCGGCAGAUUGCGUGCGUCAGUACGAUUCAGCAGUGGAGGCUGGCAGGGGGCAUCUGCUCCAUCGAGUCGCGCACUUACUUCUGCGACCUGGCACGCACUGCAGGAGCGAGCUCGACGAUUUCGCCAACGGGGUAGGGCACAGCUUGCGGGACUUCACGCACCUGCACUCCAUGAUAAUGAGGUAUGCUCUGAUACCGAUCGUGGGGAGGAGAGUAGAGGGGGCCCAUGCUAUCAUCAGGCGCCUCGGCCUCAUCGCGAAGAACAUGUCACCUCCGUGUAUUUCUGCUUCCAACUCCGAGGCUGAGCACUUGGCGCGCUUGGAUAACGAUGCGGAGUUCAAGCGGUAUUGCCAAUCGACCUGGAGUUCGAAAUCUCUUCUGAACGAUUUGUUGAGCUUAGUUGUUCCGGGAGAUGCAUUGAAAGAAAUGAGCAGGAAGGACAAGAUCGAUCGAGUUUACCAAUGCGACCUCGCGUCGGAGUUCAAGGACCUCAGCGUUGAAAGGCAGUCCCAUGACACGUGCAUAUUUUCUUUACCGACGAGCUUGUACAAUCUUGCUCUGGUCGAUCAUGGGCCCGAUGAAAUCGAUAUCUCUGCGGUUAACCCUUGGGAGCAAGCCAUCGAUGUUAUCGGCCAUGAGCCCAGCGAGUUCCAGAUCGAUGCGGUCGACUCUGUUACAUUUUUUGAGGUCGUGAACCCCUGGCCCGAGAAGCGGAAGCAGAUUGCGUUAUCUCACAUUAUCGAAUGGGGCGAUCGCGUCAACGUCAGGAGGCGCCUCACCUUGCAGACCGACGUUUGUGACAGGAGCGUUACGCUAUUGUGCGAUGCGGACUAUGCUGAAACGCUCCACAUGCGCCCGUUAGUUCACGACUUGAAGCGGUCUCUGUUGUCUUUGUACACGUGGGCCGUGAUGGGCGACGGGUCUGCUUUGGGAGUGCGCCAGCGGAAUCUGGGAGAGCCCGAGCACAUCGUUGCUGCGCCUCGCAGCCUGGUGAUUCCCAGUGCGAGUGACGCGUUGGUUGUCUCGUCGCCCGCCGAGGUCGUCGCGCUCCCCGACGUUGGAGAGUUGGCUCUGGAGCGGUAUGAGGCUACGACCAGCGAGAAGAUGGUGGCAUGUUUAGGCAAACUCCGAGACCUACAGCAUGGCGACGACCGAGACGACGAUCCUGUCUGGGUUCAGUACACGGCGCUGGAAGGCGUGCACAUGAACACGAUCCAAGAUUUGCACAAGGCUGGAGCAAUCACCGCCGUGAACGACGAGUUCGGGGAGUUGGUCGUUUGUCUGCAAAAGGCUGGUACUAUGUUCAGGGCAGUGCGUAAAGUUGGCAGGCCGCUGCAACUCUGUUUUGUGGAUAGCACCAAGUUUGCCAGCAAGCUGGACAUGAUAUUUGCUCUACUUCGUGGUGGAUGGAAGCCUGGUGCCACUAGGCCGUUCAAGAUACGUGGUGCGCGCAAGUUCAUGUGCAAUAAGGACAGGCCUUUGAGUUAUUUUGCAUGUCUUCUCCAAGUUGACAUGCUAUUUGAGAAGGGGUUGAAGCAGCUGCCGCACGAUUUGAAGGACUACCAUUACCAGUGCUUCCUGCGUCUUGCUGGACAUGCACUGCUCGCGUUCGAGGCCGACUUGCAGUCGCAUGGCCUCGAAGAGUGCAGGCGCUUGCUGCGCGAUGCCCCCGAGGCGCCAGUCGACGCGCCUCCCCUGGAGGACGACCUCGAGCCAGCAGCGUCGGUGGAGGCUGCGACCUUGGGCAAGUUUGGCCAGGCCAUGGAACGCCACUCUGGUGGAGUGCUCGGCGGCAACUCUUUGGUGGAUCAGGCGCUGUCGCAGAAGUCCCUUCUCGCGGGAGUUCCAGCGCCGCCGACGCCUUCGACUACACCUGGUGGCGGCGCCUACAACAGCCUCGUUGCUCGCUGGAAGGGCAAGCCAUGCUUGCGCAAGUGGUGGCAUGGCAAGUCGGAGGCCGAUCAGGCUGAGUGGUACCGCAAGCAGCAGGCGCACGUUCCAGGUACGAAGCGGAAGUUCGACGAGAUGGAGGUGUCCGAGACGAGCGCCAGGAUGGCCGUGAAGGACGACGUCAAGGAGGACGACUGGAUCCCGCUCAACAUCUACCAGCGGCGAGUGGCCAUGGAGGGCGUCAGCAAUCCUGAUGCCGCCCAGGAGUUCAAGAGGAUCGUUGAGCGCGGCGAAGGCCUCUGGCGCGCUGGCCAGUGGCACGUCCACGACUACCAAGGUUUCAAGAUGCACACGGGCAUCCGCGAGGCUCAGGGCUAUGCCACCACGGGCAAGUACGCGGUCGCGGGCCGCGAAGACCUCGCCAGACGAGUGGAGGAGUGCUCCACCAAGUUAGACAGCCAGUCCCUCGCACACGAGCAGUCCAUGAAUGGUUUCCAGGCCGCCCCGUCUCGCGAUGCUCCCAACAUCCAGUGCCCCACGAACGGCGGCGUCACUCUCCCGCAGUGGCACGACCACUUCGAGGCCGGCAUCCAUCGCGAGGCACAUUGGGUAGGCCUCAAAGGGAACUCCCCCGCUACUUAG